AUCUCGAUCUGGCCGCAUAUAAGUUCCUCGCAUCUUAACUGUUAGAGCUCAUCAUUGCAGUUCACACCUUCACCGACCGUCAGUCUAGACUCUCCGAUGAUCAUCAAAUACUCCGGCCAAUCUCCUUUUGGUGACUAUUAAUCAAUCCAACAUGAGACAGCAGAGUUUUGAGGGUUCUCAUCGGAGAAAAGUCAUAUCAGUCGGACCGUUUGGGUCAAACUCAAACAAAGAGAGGGGUCUUUGGGAUGAUGGAGUUUACUCGACGGUGAGUCAGGUGGUAAUACAGUUUGAUCUUUCCAGCAUUCGUUGGAUUCAGUUUGGAUACGUCGAUGAGAACGGGAGAUCAGUUUGGUCAGAAAGGCAUGGCUUAUCUGUUCCCGCCGUGACUAAAAAACACGUGGUAAAACUUGAUUAUCCAUACGAAUUUUUGACGUCUGUUCGUGGAUAUUAUUUCGAUAAUAUGUUUACGACUUGUAUUACCGAACUUAUUUUGACGAGCAACAGAAGAACUUAUGGACCAUUUGGAUCUGGUUUUAAAUGGGCAAACUCUUUUUCAAUCGAAUUGAAAGGGAGUAAGAUCGUCGGGUUUCAUGGCAGGGUGAAUUGGUACUCAACGCUUGUUUCGUUAGGAGCUUACCUAACUCCCAUUGAUGGCUUUGAACAUCAUGAUGAAUAUGAAAACCUUGGCUAUCCAGCAAAGCCUCUACUUCCAGCUCAAGAUUCUACUGGGUAUGCAACUCCCCAGGAAGAAGGAAAGUCUAAGAAUUCGAAGGAGAUAUCUUACAUAAUUUCCGGCAAUCAAAUUAGUGGAAACGAAGGGAACCACAAUGGAACCUUUGUUGUCGGGAGCAAGGCUAAAUAUGUUGUUAUAAACGUGUAAAGAUGCAUGUAAAUCUUAGAAUUAAGGGAUCUCAUCUCUAAUUAUAUCUUCGAUCUAUUCCCAUGCAUGAUGCAUCGAUAAAAUCAACAAUUUCAUUAAGUAUU